UGACAGAGUCGCAAUGUUCAGCGUGUAGGAGAAAGGCCGAAGUACUGUUGUGACUGUUUGUUUGUUCCCAACCGAUGGUUGCUUCAUAAAGGUAAGCAUAACAUACCAAAAAAUGCUUGCCUCACUGAAAAGAAACUGUAGUGGUUCCGUUUAUCAAUGCCCUGUCGUAGAAUAUCGGCAACAAACCUUUGUCAGUUUGUUGCCAGCUCGGACUGUUCUGUUAUUAUCCUUCCAAUGAUGAAACAUUUAUAUGAUCGUGAAUAUGAUGAUUUAAAAAAUGAGACAGUUUACCAGUGUCAGAACCUUUCUGAAGGAACUGUUUAGGCCAAAAAAUUGCAAUAUCCGAGAAGAGAAACAUUGGUCGCUUGUACCAGAUUCUGAUUUUGAAUACCAUGCAUCUUUAAUUUAUCCAUAACUUUUCACCCACCCUAAAGAUGGUAAACAAACCAAACUACUAUUGUCGAUAACAUUUGUGAAUACCGUAUCAAAUCUGAAAUGUCAGUGGUGAAGCCCUGUUAGAAAUUUUAUAUUCCAACAAGCGACAUAUGAUCGUUGUGUCGUUUCAGCUGAAAGGGCAGGUUUAUACUGUCACAGCGCCGAAUGCAACGGCAAAUACAAUGGUAAAAUACCGACAGAGACAUGGCUACCUUUCAGUAGAUGAAAGAAUGGGUUUUGAAAUUCAGGCUGGUUACAUAUACGUAACCUCCCCCUCCCCCCCCCUCCCCUGUACAAGUGCUUUAUUAAACCUUAGUGUAUCCUGCUGGAUUAAUAACUGCCAAAAUUGCUUUUAGUGAGUUUAUUCAUAGUUAUUAAAGUGGAAUGGUUAUGAAGCUCGAAAGCUUUUUUAGACUUGAACUAGCACAACAUAAAUAGCAUUCCUGUCAUUUUAAACUUCCUAACCAAUAGCAUUAAUUUAUUCAGUCACAAUUUGCGAACAAAAAACAAAGGAUUUUGCACGGUCAAGGAGCUUCCACUGUAAACUACAGCCCCGUUGUUUUUAUCUUUGAUCAUUGCCAGCUUUCAUAACCAGUCUCCUCUAUUAACUAUGGUUUAUUUGAUUGAGCUUUGAUUGGUGUUUCUAUUUUUUCAGACAAUGGCGUCUGAGGGACUGGAGUGUUCAAUCUGCUGCGAACGUUUUGAUGAGGAAAAACUCUGCCCGCGUUUACUGAGUUGCGGUCACAGCUUCUGCUCAAGCUGCUUGGAGAAGUUGUUCAAAGAGUAUGCAAUUAACUGUCCCACUUGCAGGAGUGUAGUGUCUGUGCCGGCUGGUGUCACAGGACUCCCAAAGAAUUUUGCCCUACUAGACGUCUUACAAGCCACUCCGCAGACGCCAGCAGAUGGCAAUGGAGAUUUGCGCCUUUGUGAAGUUUGUGAUGAUGAGAAGCAUCCUGCGACAUCCUGUUGUUUGGACUGCAAAGAGGAUAUGUGCAAGGAUGCAGUUCGUUGGCAUACGCGACAGAAGGCAACCCGCGAUCACCGUGUUGUUUCCCUAGAUGAACUAAAGGCAAACCCAAAGGUUACAGCGGUGUCAGUUUUCUGCCCAGAACAUAAUGAGCGAUACCGCUUCUUUGAUGACGAAUGCAAUCAUGUGGUGUGUAGGGACUGCGUUACUCUCAAGCAUAAUGGUCACAAGUGUUUAUCAUUAGCUGAAGCUGCUUCAAAAUACCGGCAGGAAAUGGAAGCAAUUGUUACCAAAGCCAGUACCCAUGCCAAGGAAAUUAAAGCUGCAGAGACUCAAGUGGCAGGUGUAAGUCAGGACCUGAACAAGGCAUACGAAGAACAGGCUGGUCAAAUUAAAAGUGCCUUCAAAGAGGUAAGCGAACAUUGGCCUUUCUGAUUUAUUCAAUUAUUUAAUUAAUCCAGCUUUUGUAAGUUUCUUCAAUAAACGGAGCAAGCAAAAACUGAGUACUUUAAACAAUCGGUCAUAUCCAGAACGUAUUCACACUAGUGGUCUGUAUAGGAAAAUCAAAAUAUACAGGGUUUACUUGUGCGAGGUGACCUUUCAUAUUAUGACUAAUUGAAUACUGGGUAAGCAUUGGAUAUAUCUCCAAACCCAAUUCAAGUGUAACAAAGCCUCCACUUAUUUGGAUUCCACAGACUCAUAACCUAAGCAGCCGUGAAAUGUUCUUGUUUUGCAGCUUUAUGCUGCCCUUUCUGCCAGAGAACAAGCUCUGUUGAAUGAACUGGGUCAGUUACACAAGACCAAAGCAUUCACACUAACGGAACAGCGAGACCGUCUGCGUAUUUUUCAAGCCUGCCUAGAGAGUUCCGUCCAGCGUGCUAUGUCCACAGUCCAAUCAGGCAACACUGAGCUCCUAGUCGCACGGACUGAUAUAAAAGCAACGUUUGAGGCGUUAGAGAAACAACCUCUCCUGCUCAAACCACAAAUGGAUUGUGUAUUAGAUUUCCACAUUAACCUUGAGCAAGUGCUGGACUUGCUUAGUAAAGCAGGUAUGGUCAGUGAUAAGUCUACCUGCGCGGCCAACACCACCGCAGAGGGAGCAGGUUUGAAGGUGGCAAUGCCCGGGAGAGAGGUUUCAUUUACUAUCACUGCACGCGACGCCCAAGGACGUCUCCGAGAUCGUGGAGGUGACUUCUUCACGGUUGAACCUACAGAAAGUGAUGGAAAAAAGGUCAAGUGGAAUGUGAAGGACAAAGACGACGGUACUUACAUGGCAACCUACACCUGCCCAGCUGAUUCAAAGGGUGCAAAUCUAAGGCUUUCGGUGCUUUUAUGUGAUACCCACAUUAAAGGCAGUCCUUUUGUUGUCCAUGUUAUUGACGUUCCAGUGGGUGAAGUAAUCUGUUACUGCUGUAGUAAACGAACACACACCAUGAUUUACUACAAAAACAACAGCGAGCCUUCACGGAAUGAUGCAUAUCGCGUGAACGGAUGUAGUGCUUUUUGUUUUCCCCAUUGCGAGAGUUACUUUCAAAAUAUCGGACAAAUGUCCAGUUUGUGGAUUAAAUGUCAUGGCCCUUGUUAA